GUCACCAGAACCACAUUAUGUCCAGUCAACCUCUCCUUCAGUCUGCCCCAGGCAAGCGAAUCGCCCUCCCCACCCGCGUCGAACCCAAAGUCUUUUUCGCCAACGAACGAACAUUCCUCUCAUGGCUGAACUUCACCAUCAUUCUCGGCGGCCUGGCGCUGGGCCUGCUUAAUUUCGGGGAUCGCGUUGGCCAGAUCAGUGCCGCUUGUUUUACUUUUGUGGCCAUGGCUGCCAUGAUAUAUGCGCUAGUGACAUUCCACUGGCGUGCGACGAGCAUUCGCAAAAGGGGCCAGAGCGGGUUCGACGAUCGCUUUGGCCCUACGGUCUUGACGGGGGCAUUGUUUGCGGCGGUCAUUGUGAAUUUUACGCUGAGGAUGAAGGAAGGUGCAUCCUGAGCGUCUUCGGAUCAUUUGGACAUCGAUUUAAUUGGGGUGAGAGAGGGAGAGAGGGGAGGGAGGGGGAAAGAAAACAAGAGAAGGGAGCAAGAGUGAGAGGAUGGAUGUCUGUUGGAUUAUACGAGGAUACGAGUCUUUUUCUGGAUGAUUUUUUGUGCAACAUAUACCAACCGGUGUGAAGGAUCCUGGCUGCCGUUUUACUCUGUUUUAUGCUGCUCAUGUUUCGGGUCAGCUCCGUGCUGAGCUUUUGCAGCUGGCGAUCUGAUAUGUAUUUUUAUGACAAACUUGUGAGAAAUGUCUGCUUGAAUAACUGGGAAGUCCGGGCGUAUUAUUAGCAGAAUGGGCUAUCGAGAUUGGGUGUUAUCAGAGCA